AUGGAGUCCCAUUUCACUUUCCAAAAAUACCCAUCUCAAAAAGAACCCCUACUUUCAACCAAAACCCAAUCUUUCAACAACAAGAAAGAAUGCAGCAAGAAAAACACACACUAUUUCACCUUACUACUACACCUACUCAUUGGUAGUUAUUUCCACAAAUGCCCAUCUGGAAAAGGUCUCCAGUUUUUAACCAAGAAAGAAAAAUGGAAGAGAAGCACACCCUCUUUCAUCUUACUACUACUACUAUUACACCUACUGAUUUGCAGUUUCCCUUCUGUUGUUUCAGCCCAAACUUGGGAUGGAAUCAUAGUCAAAGAAUCAGACCUUCAAGCCCUCCAAUCAUUCAAACAAGAACUUAUUGACCCAAAUGGUUUCUUGAAAAGCUGGAAUGACAGUGGCUAUGGAGCUUGUUCUGGUGGUUGGGAAGGAAUCAAGUGUGCUCAAGGACAGGUUAUCAUCAUACAGCUUCCAUGGAGAGGUCUUGGUGGUCAAAUCACUUCAAAAAUAGGCCAGUUUCAAGCUCUCAGAAAGCUUAGUCUCCAUGAUAAUGCCAUUGGAGGUUCAAUUCCAAAGGAAUUAGGGUUCUUGCCAAAUCUCAGAGGGAUUCAAUUGUUCAACAACAAGUUUACAGGUUCAAUACCUCCUUCACUGGGUUCAUGUACACUACUUCAAAAUCUUGAUUUUGGAAAUAAUUCUUUGGUGGGUGGAAUCCCUGAUUCCCUUGGUAAUUGCACCAAGCUUUAUAAUGUCAAUUUGAGUUUGAAUUCAUUGUCAGAUUACAUUCCUGUGUCACUCACACAAUCCCAAUCCCUUGUCUUUCUAUCUCUCCAAUACAACAAUUUUUCAGGGGUUCUCCCUGAUUCUUGGGGUGGUGCCUCCAUGGUCAAAUCUUUGACAUUUGACCAUAAUUUCUUCACUGGAAGGAUUCCUGUGUCUUUGAGCAAGUUGACUGAGCUUGAAGAGAUUUCAUUCAGCCAUAACCAAUUCAACGAAGAAAUCCCUGAUGGAUUUGGAGGACUUGUUAAGCUUAAAAGCUUAGAUCUUUCUUACAAUUCCAUUAAUGGCAGCAUACCCACUAGCUUUUCCAAUUUGAGUUCGCUCACUUCAUUGAAUUUAGCUCACAACAAUCUCAAGGGUCAAAUCCCAGUUUUCUUGGGUGAUCAACUAAAACUUGCUUUCUUCAAUGUGUCUUACAACAACCUAUCUGGUCCUGUCCCAAAUCAACUCUCUUCGAGAUUCGAUUCAAGUGUUUUUGUGGGUAAUCUUGAUCUCUGUGGAUACAACCCUUCAACCAGGUGUCCCAUGGUGGCUCCUCCACGGGAGAGCCACCAACGGAAACUAAGUACCAAAGAAACCUUGCUCAUUGCAGGAGUUCUGAUAGCAGUUUUACUGUUGGUUUGCUGUAUACUUCUGUGUUGUUUGUUAAAAGGAGACGCAGUGAAACAGAAGGAUGUGGAAGGAGGUGGCGGUGCUGCCGCUACAAAGGGGAUUCCGGUGGGCAAGGGUGAAGGUGAGGCGGCAGCUGGAGAGGGUGGAGGGAAGCUUGUGCAUUUUGAAGGUGGGAUGGAGUUCACAGCUGAUGAUCUUUUGUGUGCAACAGCUGAGAUAAUGGGAAAAAGUACUUACGGAACUGUUUACAAGGCGACAUUAGUGGAAGGGAAUCAAGUGGCUGUGAAGAGGUUGAGAGAAAGGGUUACAAAGAACCAAAAGGAAUUCCAAAGUGAAGUGAAUUCAAUUGGGAAAAUUAGGCAUCAAAAUCUAUUGGCAAUGAGGGCUUGUUACUUGGGUCCAAAAGGGGAGAAACUUCUUGUUUUUGAUUAUAUGCCCAAAGGAAGCCUUGCUACUUUCCUCCAUGCUCGAGGACCGGAUACACCGGUUGAUUGGCAAACAAGAAUGAGAAUAGCCAAAGGGAUGACUCGAGGUUUACUCAACCUCCACACCCAGCACAACAUAAUCCAUGGAAACCUAACUUCAAGCAAUGUUCUUCUUGAUGACGAUCUUACCCCCAAGAUCGCGGAUUUCGGGUUGUCGCGGCUGAUGACGGCUACAGCAAACUCAAAUGUAAUUGCGACCGCCGGUGCACUUGGGUAUCGGGCUCCUGAGCUUUCCAAGCUCAAGAAAGCUAACACUAAGACCGAUAUAUAUAGUCUUGGUGUGAUCAUGUUAGAACUCCUAACAGGAAAAACACCAGGAGAAGAGGAAGAUGGUGUCGGUUUGCCGCAAUGGGUGGCUUCGAUUGUAAAAGAAGAGUGGACCAAUGAGGUUUUUGAUUUGGAGUUGAUGAAGGAUGCCUCUGCUAUUGGUGAUGAGCUGUUGAACACAUUAAAACUGGCUUUGCAUUGUGUUGAUCCGGCGCCAUCGGCUCGGCCGGAGGCUCAGCUGGUUCUUCAGCAGCUGGAAGAGAUUAGACCGGAAACAGCCACCACUUCUGGAGAUGGUGGCGGUGGCGACCCUUCGACAGGCGACUGA